GCAGGGUGGACAGCUGCGUAGGGGUGCGUGUGGCCCUGAGAUCUGUUACCAUCGGUUUAGGAUGCUACCCCUGCCUUGGCCCCCUUACUCAGUCCCCAGUACUCCCAGGGGGCCGGAUCCCCUCCCCUGUGCUGGCCAGAGUGUGGUCUGACUCAGACCACCAGCUGUGUGGGGUUGGGCCGAUGGCUUGGCCUCUCUGAGAACGUCCAAAGGCUUAAAUGCAGGCUAGUUCUCUCCCUUGGCCUUAAAGCAGAGUUUUAGGAGAGGAAUGUGAGGGCAGUACAGGUGCAUAGAAUAGAGACAGAGCACCAGGUUCCCGGUCCUGACUUUGGGGCUGCUGGGCGUCCCUGUGUGUGGCCGGGAGAAUGGGCAGGCUGGGGAGAGAAGCCCCUAGGGGUUGGGAUUCUCUCCUGGGGUGCUGGGAGUUGGAGCCACAUCCUGCACUCUCUGCCCAUCCCUAGAUGAGUCUGCAGCUUUUUUGUAAUCAACAAGAUUCCCUGUAGGAGACACCGAAACAUUGUAUGAAUUUGCUGCUCAGUAUGGAUGUGGCAAGAACAUUAAGUACAACUGGUAGAAAAGAUAGAGAGAAAUGGAGACAAAGAGAUGGCAGGAGCGAGCAGGGUCUCCUGAACCCCUGAACUCUGCUUGUCUACGAUAAGGUCUGCAUGACCAACUGCCCCACGCUCAUUGUCAUGGUGGGCCUACCUGCCCGCGGCAAGACCUACAUCUCUAAGAAGCUGACAAGAUACCUGAACUGGAUCGGUGUGCCUACUCGGGAAUUCAAUGUUGGCCAGUACCGCCGCAACAUGGUCAAGACGUACAAAUCUUUCGAGUUUUUCCUUCCAGACAAUGAAGAGGGUCUGAAAAUCCGAAAGCAGUGUGCCCUGGCCGCCCUGCGUGACGUGCGGCGGUUCCUCAGCGAGGAGGGGGGCCACGUGGCGGUUUUUGAUGCAACGAACACUACCCGAGAAAGGAGAGCGACCAUUUCCAAUUUUGGGGAGCAGAAUGGCUACAAGACCUUCUUUGUUGAGUCCAUCUGUGUGGAUCCCGAGGUCAUAGCGGCCAACAUCGUGCAAGUGAAACUGGGAAGCCCUGAUUAUGUCAACCGUGACAGUGACGAGGCCACGGAGGACUUCAUGAGGCGCAUCGAGUGCUACGAGAACUCGUAUGAGUCGCUGGACGAGGACCUGGACAGGGAUCUGUCCUACAUCAAGAUCAUGGACGUGGGCCAGAGCUACGUGGUGAAUCGCGUGGCAGACCACAUCCAGAGCCGAAUCGUGUAUUACCUCAUGAACAUCCACGUGACCCCACGCUCCAUCUACCUCUGCCGGCACGGGGAAAGUGAGCUCAACCUCAAGGGCCGGAUUGGCGGGGACCCAGGACUGUCCACGCGGGGCAGGGAGUUUGCUAAGAGCCUGGCCCAGUUCAUCAGUGACCAGAACAUCAAGGACUUGAAGGUGUGGACGAGCCAGAUGAAGAGGACAAUCCAGACGGCCGAGGCGCUGGGGGUACCCUAUGAGCAGUGGAAGGUCCUCAAUGAGAUUGACGCCGGCGUCUGCGAGGAAAUGACUUAUGAGGAGAUUCAAGAACAUUAUCCACUGGAGUUUGCCCUGCGGGACCAGGACAAGUACCGCUAUCGUUACCCAAAGGGAGAGUCCUAUGAGGACCUGGUGCAGCGGCUGGAGCCCGUCAUCAUGGAACUGGAGCGACAAGAGAACGUGCUGGUGAUCUGCCACCAGGCCGUGAUGCGCUGCCUCCUAGCCUACUUCCUGGACAAAGCAGCAGAACAGCUGCCGUACCUCAAGUGUCCACUACACACGGUCCUGAAGCUCACCCCUGUGGCUUACGGCUGUAAAGUGGAGUCCAUAUUCCUGAACGUGGCUGCUGUCAACACACACCGGGACAGGCCUCAGGUAGCAAUUGGGUCACCACUGGGGUUUUGGGCAUGGUCCCAAGGGGCCUGGACAUUGUCUGGGGGGGCCAGGCCCAGCUGGGGCACCUGCCAGAGGGUGAGCUUCCUGCCGAGGCUGCUCUGACGUCAGGUAUGGCCUUGGCCCUGGCUGUGCUCUGGGGUAGGAGCUUCCCAAGGCCAGCUGCCCACAGGUGGGGAAGUCCCAGGGCUGGGCCACCGCCCAGGAAGGGGCUGAACUCAAUUGAGCUCGGCUGCCCAGCAGCCACACCUAGAAAAUCUGACCCAGGAGGCUGGAAGCCACAGCAGGGCAGGUUCUCCCUCCCUCGGCCUCUUCCAAACUGAGCAGCUUUAAGACUUAGACUGCCGCCAGGCCUUGCUGUAGAUGCUGGGGCCCAGCGCUGGGCAGAGGCCAUAUCUUGGGAGAAUAGCCACCCUGGUGCCCUGUGUGUGGUGGCAGCUGCCUACAGUGCUGUCCCAAAGCGUUCUCAGUGCCCACAAGGUGACUGUCCCUCGGGGGCUCUGCUCUGAAAUACCAGGCCCAGUCCCUGGAGUCUGCUGCUCCAAGAGGCCUCUGUGGCCUCCCGCUGACAUUUAGAGGUGGGGAAGUUACACCAAACCAAGCAGUAUGCAAAGGCGCAGGGAGCUGGGACCCCCCCGCCCCACCUGUGUCCUGUCAUUUAAGCUCCUGAUCUUGUGACCUUUGGGAAUGUCAGGGUCCUGUAGCCGGGCUUCUGGGGCGAGAAAGGAAGGGGCCAGAGUGACGAGGAGAGCAGCGGAGCAGCGGCAGGUGUGCUGUCCUUGGUGU